AUGGUGACCGCCACUUCCAGACCGUUCCAGAGGUGGCUACGUCUGACCAAGCUUCAGUCGCUGCUAAUCUGUCAUCGCCGUCGUGAUCUACCGGGUGCUACCUAUGCUGAGUUGGCUGCGUGGGCUCAAGCCGAGACUCUGAUGGACAUGUCCAGCCAGUUGGAUCCCCAGGCUUUGGCCGCGUUCGUGGACGACAGUGUCUUUGCUCAGAUGAGCGGGAAGCUUGGAGCAGACGCAUCGCCGAAGAAAAAUCUUUUCGUUACGUGGAUGCUGGAAGACUAUCCCAACAAAGCCACACUCCAACUCGAGGCCUCCCAGAUCCAGAUACAUGGAUUGAUACAGGUGGAGAUCAGAAGAGCAUACGGGCAUACACGCGUGUCUCGACCUCUUGCACAAACUAUUGCGGCCAAGACGGUGAAAGACCUCCUGGCAAAGUUUGUCCCUGAAGCCCGCUCCGGCACGCCCAAGUUGGAUGAAAAUGAAAUGAAGCGAAUCGCGGAGGCGUUCACCAAGGGCCGGUACCUCGGCGAAGCCCACCUCGACCUCGCACAGUAUCUGCGGGACUGCUGGAAGGCCUACACCCCCACAAAGUACAAGGCGCCAUGUGUGGCGGUCGUGCAGAGUUCUGGCUUCGGCAAGAGUCGGAUGGUGCGUGAACUCGCGAUUGAGGCGCAAAAGAGCGCCUUGAACAUGAAAGUCCUGUACAUGUGUGCUCGUGUGCACGAGUCGACGGGGUUUCCCAAGGCUACGAGCGAGCUUCGUGGUUGGCUGUUUCAAGAAGGCUCCAAAGUGGAAGACAUCGCCAGUCGAUUGAAGACAAUUUACGUCUACGCGAACAAGCAUUGGGCGGACGUUCAGAAGGAAUGGCUGAAGCUGUUUACCGAAAAGGCAGCGGACACCUCUGUAAAGGCGAAACUUUCGGAUGAAACAGACACGCUGGAGGGGGAUACCUCCACCGAGAAGAAUCCAAAUGGCAGAAUCGUGGUUCUGGUGAUCGAUGAAGCGAGAAGCCUGCUAACUGAGAAGGGAGGCAAGAAGAAUGACUUCCGAAUGUUGCGAAAUGCUCUCAGAUCCGUGAACAAAGAUAUCGGCCAUCGUGGAUGCAUUUUCGGCGUGCUGAUUGAUACGAACCCCAGGAUCUCGGACCUGGCGCCUCCGCUGUUGUUGGACCCAUCAUCUCGGCUUUUCGAUGGAGAGUUGGCAUCGUUUGCGCCAGUUGUGUUAGCUGAGACAAUGGACGCACACUGGGAUCAAUACUGUGAAGAAAAACAAGCCGGCGAAGAUGAAGAAAUGAAAGAGGACAUCCAAGAU